GUUUUAAAUUGCAUUUUAUUUAAUUUUGUUGGUUAAGGUAAAAUCAUCAAGCAUACUCUAGCAAAUACAAACUUACAUGAAUUGGAUAUGAAAUGUCUUACGACCAGGAGGAAAUAGGAGUAAAUGUUCCAAAUAUACCGUUGGUCUUGCAGCAGCAACGAUUACGCCACAUCACUUCAUUGUUUAUCCGAAACUUAGCUAUAAGUCUCCCAUCCCAGGACCAGGGUUAUGGGAGGCAUAAUGAGUUUCAGCAACCUCAUCUGUACUUCACCAUCCACUCUGAUGAAACCACUGAUGGUGUAAGGGGAAAGCAGAAAAAUGAUUCUUCUCAAACCGCACUAUACGAGAGUGAAAAGGUGGCCUAUACAUCAAAUCCAUCAUGGGCAAGUUUUAAAAUCAACGGAACUGUGUUUGCUUCGCUCACAGAAUUUAUUCUUCGGUUGUGGAUUGGUCAUAAUGGGAAUUAUAUGCCAGCCCUGCAUUGGCAGAUAUCUUUGAAGAAACUGCAAUAUUUGGGCAAAACUUUAUUCAAUGAAGAUGUGCACUACCAUUCCAAUGCUGUUGUAUUUAAAAUGAAUGGAUUAUACCACGGCCACAACACAUCAGUGAACACAACAAUUCAUUCAGGAAUGUUGGACUGUAGUGAUAUACGCAACUCAUAUAGCGUGUUUGCCUUGCAGAGAAUAGCAGCUUGCUACAAAAUGAAUCGUCGGUCAAAAGAAAAACGGGACCAUCAUCAACAUCAUAUUAACAUACAGCUGCUAGGCAACAGCCCAGUUGUACAGUUGAAAUGUGCAAUGGAGAGUCUUCAUCACAGAAUUGCUCAUCUGCGAAGUUUACUCAAGCGUGAAAAAGCUCUGUUAACCAAUGAGAGGAAAGAAGCCAACAAACAAUGUUUAAAGCUCCAACAGAGUGUCUCUGAUCUUGCUAAGAAGAAAGAACAUCUUCAAGUACAUCAGUCACGACAUAAAGACUCUCACAACUUGUAUCUUUGCAAUCGGGAGAACGCUGCUCAUCUAGCUGGACAACUCGCUUUACAACGCAGGAAUAUUUUAUCCGAGCUUACCCACAUUUUCCCCAUCUCAACUGUACGUCAUACACUACCAAGUCCAAGAAAAAAAGGCGUAGCAGUUGUCAGUGAUGUGUAUGUCAUAUGUGGAGUAAAAUUGCCAGACUCUGAACACUUCAAUACAAAAGAAGACAACCAUACCUCUGUUGCCCUUGGUUAUGCUGCUCAACUUCUAUCUAUGAUGUCACAAUUUCUUCUUGUGCCGCUACGUUACCAGAUUGUCCAGCAGGGGUCACACUCGAGUGUCAUAGAUCAUGUAACAGAGAAAUUAAACGACAAGGAAAGAAUAUUUCCGAUAUACGUACGUGGAAACAAGGAUCGCUUCCUCUUUGAAUACGGAGUCUUCCUUUUUAACAAGAACAUCGCUCAACUCCGUUAUCACUGUGGACUUGGUACUCAAGAUCUCCGACCAACUCUUCACAACAUUCGGACACUGCUUCAGGAUCGACUUGGAGCAAAACCGAUAAGUCUUGGUUCUUCUUCAAUAAAAAGUGGGAGUUUUCUUGUUCCCACGAUGGCAACAGAGAGUAAAUCAGAUAUGCUGGUUGAUUUGGGUGAAAGCUCUAAAGGAAGUUUAUAUGACAAUACCGUUGCUUCACUGCAGAAAAAUGCAAAGUCGACUGACCUGUCAAGUUUGAGAGGUGAGCUUUUUGGAGCAAGCGAGAUGAAAAAGUCCCGUGAUCGCUCUCCACACUUAAGUGAUCACAGAAGAGACACCACUCAGUUUCAACCGUUGUCCUCCAAAGAUAUUCGGACAAGAUUAAACACAGAGUCCGUGGAAUCCGUUUCUCCUAGUUUCACGCCCUAUCGCACACAGCUCACCGGUUUGGAAGAGCUGGGCCAAUCAAAUAAUUUAAACAACAAAGAAAGUUUUGCGACUGCUCGUGCUGAACUUUUCGGCACCAAGUCAUCCAUGCAAAAAAUUUAUGAGCCUACAAGAUGGGGUAAGAAAGUAACUGGGAAAGUUAAUUCGAGGAACUCAUCUCAACGUGAUGAAUUGUUCGGAAAGUCUGGUUUUAACUCUAGAAAUGACGAGUUUCGAACAAAAAGUGACACUGGUUCAAGUAAAAGUUCAAGCGAAGCUUUUGUUGAGGAUUUUAUUAUUGUCACUGAUUGUUCAGAUAAAGAGAAAACACCUGGCGAGGGUUUCUCUUACAUGUCCGCGCUUAGUGAUCAUCACAGUACUGACCAGAUUGGAGAAGAAAAUGGUCUUUCUAUAGAGCUAAAAAAUCCUAAUCCUUUUCGUGUAAGUGCUGCAGGUCAGCUGACCAGUUUUAGCCAAUCAGACGAUCUGGAUCUUUGUUAACAAGCUAGGCAUAAAGUUAAAUAUUAAAUAAUAUUGCAGACAUUUAUGUUGAUUAUAGUAUUUUUGCCCCAGUGUUCUAAAAUGAACAGUUUGUAAAACAUAUUAAAUUUCUUUCUUUCAUCGAUUUUUUGCAGUAUAUUGCUUAUAUAAUUUUAAACCUAUUUAUAGUGCAAUAUGAAAUUGUGUUUUUAUUUAAAACGUUUUCCAUAUUUCAAUUUAAUUUACAAAGGAAAUACAAGAUAUCACAAAAGUAGGUGUUAUUUUGGUUAGAACUCUAUACAGCUUUAAAUAGGAUUUCGCUUAAAUAUCAACUAUUAACAAUAUUUAUAAAGGAAUUUCUGUGGUUUAGUUAGGCGUUGAUUGAUUAGAUCUUAAUUGCCAUUUAUACCCUCAAGCAAUGUUGUGUUUGUGUAUUGUUUCACAUUUCUUUAGGUUGCAAUGUUACAAACUCUUUAAAAAAAAUUCAUUUUUAAAUUGGUUGCAGAAACAUGGUUCGUGAAAUCAA